CAAGGUUUGCGCAACAUCAAAUGGGUGAAGUUGGCACAAAUUCAGCAGACAGUCCAAAUGCUGAUUUGAAAAUGAAUGGUGGCAUCAACGGGAAUUGCGACGAUGAAGCAAUGGAAGUUGAAGCACAGGACACAUCAAAUGAAACAAUAGCAAAAAAUGCUGCUGAUAGCUCAGAUCAAACACCACCACCAACAUCAUCAUCAUCACCACAAACCGUCAAUGAUAGUAAAGAUGAAGUCAUGGAAAUCGAUAGCAGCGGUAAUUCAGAUGAAUUGAUUAGUAACGAUAAAACUAAUGAAAAUGACAUACAAAUUGAAAGUGUUGAAUCAUUGGCACAUGAAAACGGUGAUCCCGAUGCGAAAGAUAAAUGUGACCAAGAAUCAAGUGAAAAGGAAAUUUCAAAUGAUUUAACGGAAAAUUUGGAAAACGCCGAUGAUACCGAGUCAAAUAAAAUUAUUGAUGACAAUGAUUCAACAGUAAAAGUGAUCUCUGGUGAUCCACUUUCUGCUGAUGCAGAGCCCAUGGAUGAUGAAGAUGGUCAAGGCGAUGAAGGCGGUGAAGACGGUGAAGUCGGUGAGGACACGCGCACAAAUCAAAGUCCACCACAAUCCACAGAAAAUGGAACAAGUGCCACAGUAACGAGUAGUAGUGAUAAAAAAGAUACAAUUUCGAAAGAUCCCAUUUCCAUUGAUGAUGAAAUUCAUGCAAUUUCCGAUUCCGAAGAUGAAGAAGCGCCAAAUAAAACGGUUGAAAAUCCAUUAAAAGAUGUCGAAAACAAAGCAUUGGAUGAUGGACAAUCGAAUGGUAUUGCUGUAGACGAUGACGACGAUGAUGCGAAUGGCGGUGAAGAUGAUAAGCCAGUUAGUGUAGACUCGGAUUCAGAAAGUGAGCUACCGAAUAAGGAUGAAGUGCACGAAAUUCUCAGCGAUAAAGAAGAUUGUGUUGUAAUUGAAGACGAUAAGAAAGCUGAUGGCAGCAAUGUAGCAGCUCGAUCAGUGAAUCGAAAUCGAAAGAGUACAGUUCGAGCUAGAGAAGAUUAUUCAGCAUACGAUGAUGAUAUUGAAGAGAUAAUCGAAGAUCCACUUGAAGAAAGUGCGCCGAAACGACCACGAUUAACUGAUCCAUUAUCAAACGAAUCUCGUAAGCAGUCUGGUGAUAGUACGACAUCGAAAGAGCCAACAUUAGUUAUCAUUGAUACAAAUACGAUAUUGUCGCGUGGUACCGCAGCAAAUGUGCAAGCACUGAACAAAUCAAAUGUGUCCGUUACGGCGGUCGGUGAUGGACCAGUAGCGCCAAGUGUAUAUCCAAUUGAAUCGAGAGCAUCGAUCACACCCGUACCUAACAAUAGUAAUAAUCAACUAAUUGGCGCGGCAACAUCGACCACAUUGGCCGGCUUAAAUGCGCCUGUCCUAACCGCACUCACCGAUGAUAUGUUCGUUUUGGAAGCACCGUCAUUUAUAGUUCCUUACAUUUAUGAAAAACCACCAACCGAAGAUCUUAAAGAAAUCGUUCAUAAAAUGGGCGUUGAAAUUGAAGAGCGAAAAAAACUGGAAGAACAAAAUGAUAAAGAUGAACAGCAGCCAACUGAAGAUGCCAAAGACGAUAAAAAGUCCGAAAAUGAGGAAAUUGGCGAGAAAAAACCGGCGAGCAAAAAACGAAAACCAACAAAAAAUGCCGAUGAUUCAUGGGAUGAAUCGGAUCUGUCGACCGACGACGAAGCCGAUUCAGAUGCUGAAGAUACAAGAGUUUUAAUUAAAGAAGCAAAAGCUGAUCUCGAUGCGAUCAAAACACAUAUCAUAAGCCGAGAUUUAACAAAAGAUGAUCCAGCUAAUGACGAUAAAAAAGACGGUAACAAUUACUUUGAUAGUCCAUUAGGAAAGUUUUUUAGUGAUAUUGGCGUCAAUUUGGUGCAAGAAUAUGUUCAAUUGGAUCUAUUGAAGCAACAAAGACGAAAAUUAAGCCGAGAGGGAAAUCAAGCAUCACCGAGCAUACAAGUGGCCAUCAAUUCAUUGAUGAAAAAUUUAGAAUUGAGCAAAGACAAAAACGAUGUUUUCAAAUUUGAAACAAAAAAAUGCCAAUACUGUGUGUUUAAAUCAGAAUCGGCGCUUGUUAUGGCAAAUCACUAUGAGGUGCCACACCCCGGCAAAGUGUAUCAAUACAGAUGUAAUUUCUGCGCGUAUGAGGCGAAACAACAGUACGAUAUAUUGUUACACAAAAAUAAUCUACAUUGUAUUCAGGGACGAAUAGAAAAGCCAAUUCCAUUACAUCAGUGCCCGAAUUGUCCAUUUGAAGAUAAUGGACGAUCGAAAUUGGCGCGUCAUGCUGUUGUGUGCAGUAAAAAAUUCCGACCCGAAAUGAAUUUGGCACCGCCACUUGAUUGGGAUCCACCAGCAAAAAUACCACGCAUCAAACCAAGACACGGUCUCGUUGGAACUGCAAAUGCCUAUCAAGCUAUGGCCGCGCAAGCACAACGUGCCGCAAAUGCUGCAGCAAUGCAAAGACAGACAGUGAUGAAUGUUGGUGCGGUAAAGAAUCGUGGACGACCACAAACUAUCACCAAGGUAAUGCCAACCGCAAACAAUAUGCGAGGAACGCAACAACAAUCAAUGCGACCACAAAAUCCAGGAGGCGUAGUUCUUCCGAAUAACUUCCAAGUGUCAAACCACGGACAAUACAUUCAGGUACCAAAUAGUGGAAUUGCAUUGAUGCCGAAUACUCAAAAUUCAUUUAAUCUUAUGCAGCCCACUGGAUCAAAAUCACAAAAGAGUUCGCAACAGCCCAGUAUAUCAAUAACAGCCUUACCGCGACAAUCGCAACCAGGCAUACACUCAACGACAACCGGCCUAUCUGCUUCAAAUGCAAUGCAAUCGGCGUCAUUAUUGCCAAAACCAUCUGGCACAACAGCUAAACCGGGCCAGAACCAGGGUGGCAAAGCAUCAUUUGUUAUUUGUGAAAUUUGUGAUGGUUGGAUCAAAGAUUUAGAUCAACUACGAAAUCACAUGCAAUGGAUGCACAAAGUUAAGAUUCACCCGAAGAUGAUAUAUAAUCGGCCACCAUUGAAUUGUCAAAAGUGUCAGUUCCGAUUUUUCACCGAUCAAGGUCUUGAACGACAUUUACUCGGUUCCCAUGGAUUGGUAACGAGUUCAAUGCAAGAAGCUGCCAACAAGGGUAGAGAUGCUGGCCGUUGUCCAGUUUGUGGAAGAAUGUAUCAAUGGAAGUUACUAAAUCACGUGUCCCGAGAGCACAAUAUGACCUUAAAACCUGCCCAUUUAUCUUACAAAUGUACCGUGUGCACGGCCACAUUUGGCAUGUACAAACAAUUUGAAAAUCAUGUAUACUCCGCCCACAGUACGGUUGCGAAAAAGUCGAACAAUGACAGCAAAUCAAAAUCAUCAACAUCGUCAAGUAGUAGUGGUGGUAAUAAUACUGGCAACAGCACCAAUCGAAGCAGUUCAUCUGGUGCCAGCGCAUCAAUAUUAAAACAACCAUUUAAAAUAAAUGACGAAAUAACAAUAACACCUCAACCGGCAUCGCGGAAUAAUCGAUCGAUGGAAAUCGAAAGUCAUGUCAUUGAUUAGUAGAUUUAUGUAAUCAAUGCGCACUGAAUACAUGCGAUUGAAAUCACCGUUCCACAACACCUUCAAAAUCUGUAAUUAACAUUUAAAAAAAAUUUAAA